CACAGUCGACCGACGCGCCGUCGUCUGAUAUUCGCGGUGCCGACCGAUCAAAUUGUUUUCGCCACUCUCCCAGCCCGGUUGUGGUCGCUCUCCAAGUCAGCGGGAAAAUGUCUAUAACGAAGACUCUGUCGAAGCUGAGAGCUCAUGUCGCUGUGGCAAUCCUUGCCGUGCUCUCCCCACUCCUGUUGCUAGUGGCUCUGAUGUGGAAACUUUUUGGCCAACUCUUCUGCUGCUGCUCUCCCAAGAGCGUUGUGGGCGAGGUGGCUGUGGUAACUGGAGGUGGUCAUGGCCUGGGACGAGCCAUAGCCCUGGAACUGGCCGACAAGGGCUGCCACAUAGCCGUUGUAGACAUCAAUCUGCCAGGAGCCGAGAACACUGUCAAGCAGAUCCAGGAGAAGGCAAAGGUUCGCGCCAAGGCCUACAAGGUUGAUGUCAGCAAUUACCUGGAACUUGUUGAGCUAAACAACCAAGUGGCUGGCGACCUGGGCCCAGUGACGGUGCUUAUAAACAAUGCAGGAAUCUUGUUGCACCGCAAAUCUUUGGAUCCGGAGCCGAGCGAUGUGCAGCAAAUGAUAGAUGUGAACCUGGCUGCGCACUUUUGGACCCGGAUGGUAUUUCUGCCCACCAUGAAGGCGAUGCGCAGGGGUUACCUGGUGACCAUCAGCUCCCUAGCAGGCCUGUUUGCCGUGCCCUACAACACCACCUACUCGGCCACCAAGGCCGGCACGACGGCCCACAUGCGGGCUCUGCGCAUGGAGCUGAGUCUGGAGCGGCAGAAGGACAUCCAUGUGUGCACGGCGAUGCCCACCUUCCUGGAGGCCAACGAGGAGCUGGCGACUCUCACAAAUCAGGUGAAAAUCUCCAGCGUGUAUCCCCUGAUCAGUGCCAAGGCAGCUGCCCGCCGGAUUGUGCACGGCAUGCUCCGAGGCGAGCGGGAGAUAUUGCUGCCAGGGCUGGCCUCCUUUCUGUACCGUCUGCUCACCCUGCUGCCCGUCGGCUGGCAGGAUAAGGCGAUAAUCAUCAUAUCUGGCAGUAAACUUGAACAGUUUUGCACGCUAAGGAAAUAGUUUCAGCCAAGCCAAGCCAAGCCAAGGACAUCAGGCCGGGGCCAGGACAUCAGGCCGGGCCAUGCCAUGCAAUGCCAGGCUCGUAUUCGUCAUAGCAUAUGCAUGAAAAUUUUAGUAAAAUUAAGAAUAAUAUAAAAAGAAAUUCCAGCAGAGAAA